AUGUUGACAACACAUCAUUUGGCACAUUUGCAUCAUCAUCGUGGCAGCACAGCGGUGGAGUUGGAUAAAAUCACAAAUCUAAGUACGCACAUAGCAUCAAAGUCUUUACGUUACUGCCUGCAAACGAGCUAUAUGGCGCACAGUAAGCAUUCUAGCGAACAGCGGACGGAUUCUGCCAGCGAAGACGUACUCACCGAUAAUCCACACCAGGUGUUGCUCUUCUAUUUGGCGCAAUGUUUCCUACACGAACUAAUAAAAAAUUACAUACAGGUGGUUCUGAUGGACAUGUCCGGUUUUAACGAAAAUUGUGCUGGUCCCUCAAAUCUCGGCAAUGUCAUCAGUCAAAUAUUGCUAUGCAAACAAAUAAGGCCCGAUUUCAGUCAAAUUGAAUUAAGCAGCAUUACAAAGGAUUCACAGGACAUAGCGGUGCUAUUGUCCGAGAUAUAA